UUCCUCCCGUGAUCCCCCGUACACAAGCGGUUCCUCCCCGGUCGUUCCCUCGAUCUCAUCACCUUGUUCCCGCGUGGCAAUAGAUCACUACGGUGAGAGGAGAUCUGCGGUUCUUCUGAGAAAUCGCGUUCUCGAUCGGGCUCUUCCGUCGAUUCUCAAGCCACCGAAGGAAGUGUGAAAUUGAAGUUCUUGUAGUUAAAGAUUCAGAACAGUAUGCGGCGGUUGAGUCUUUCGGUUGAUGUCUACCGGAAAGUGAUCUCCUUGAACCUGUAUUGUCGGGUUCUUGUGUGACUAGUUCUCUCUGCAAUUAGUUCUCUCCUCCUACUUUCAUCCACCCUUUGCUUAGUCACAGCUGAUACUCUGAAGGCUUCUAUUAAGGGUAUAUUUCUUCUGUGUCUUGCCUCCUAGAUUCAGUCAUCUUGCUGGCCUUCUCUGAAGACUAUUUGUCUUCCUUUCCACUUUUGAUUUCCUGGACUUCAUCGAGUUUCCGGUGAAUUGGCUUGAUUUUGGAACAAAACACAGUAGUAAUGGUGUGCCAAGCAGUGACAAGCACGAGAUUCCGAGCUUUGAAACAUGAAAAUGGGAUUGCAGGUAGCACCACCGUAACUGUUAGGGUCAUUGCUUGUUUCCGACCAUUGCAGGAUUGCCAGGUUGAAUACUUCCGUCAUCUCCUGAAGCCCAUUACGUAGAUUAGUUUCUCUUCUGUGAUUCAUCUUCAACAAUAUUGGGAAUUUCACCUUUUCAUUUUGUAGUUUUUGUUGUGUAAAUAUUAUCUGACAGUUGAGAAUUGCCUGUGGUGAUUAAAUUGGACUUUGUUCUGAUGGAGAGGGAUUUUGUUCCUGAAAUCCAUUUUCAGCAUUCACCACAGAGUCUUAUUAACUUGAAUGAUUCCAAUAACAUUCAGCAGCCUGUCAUGGGGUCUCAGAACACAAAUCUGAUGUUGUUUCCUACAUAUACUAAUCCACAUGGUUGUAUUUUCUCAAUGAGUAGAACAACAGCCUUACCUCGUGGCCAUCGUAACAAAUGUUUUCAACAGAGAUCAGCUUUGAUUUCACCUCCAUUCCCAUCUCAUAAGCCUUCAGAUGUUGAUGGAUCAGAGAAAAGACUUUUGGUCUUUGAUCGGUCAAGGGAUGGAACAAUCUUCAUGUUCAGCUUUUCAGGCAUCCCUUUUCCAUGCUUUAAUUCCAUGAACGCCGGGUUUGGUCUGCAGGGCAGCACUGAAACAGUUUCUGAUGGGCAUGGAGGUGAAGUGAUGCAUGAAGACCCAGAGGAAAUCGAUGCACUAUUGUACUCAGAUUCUGACGACGAUCACGAUGAUGAAGAAGCCAACACAUGUCAUUCCCCAGUUGGGGCAAUGGAGAAGAGUUCAUCUGAGGUAACUAGUUCGAUGCAUCUGGCAAAGAGGAGGAGAGUUGAUGUGGAUGAAUUUGAUUCAUCACUUAUGGACACUGCUAGCUCGGCAGCCUUUCACCACCCUGACAUCCCCAUAGAUCAUAGUAACAAAGAGGAAGAUGGUGUCGCCGAGUCAAGCUCCGUCAAAGGAGGGGAUCAUGAUAAGAAUGCAGGUGACAAGCGGCACAAAAAGGCAAGCAUUCGAGAAACAGUUGGCAUACUGAGAAGGAUCAUUCCUGGUGGGAAGGGGAAGGAUGCAGCAACCAUCCUUGAUGAAGUCAUUCUCUAUCUCAAGUCGCUUGAGCUAAAGGCCAAAUCUUUGGAUGUUACUCGUCAAUAGCUACUCAAUUUCCAUAUAUAUAAAGUAUUAGAGAGUUGUGUUUGCAGCAGUGACAAUUUUGUGAGCUGCCUUUCCCUAAGGUGUUGGUAAAGGAAUAAAGGAAGUAGCAAGUGGGCUCUCUCCACACACAACCAAUGACUGAAGGUGAGAAUUAGUAUCCUGGAGUCACAGCCGUGGUCGUUUUUUGAGCUUUGAUGGUGGGGAAAGGUGGGAUAUGAUUGGUCAAUAAAGAGCAGUGGCUAUCCUGUAGUAUACGUGAGUUUGUCUGAAGGAGAGAGGAUUGCAAAUUGAUGCAAAGGUGGUCACUGGGCAGCUUCUUUUGACCGAAAGGGACAUGGGUUUCUGAAGAGAGAGGCAGGUUUUGACAAGCCUAUUACACUGGAUGAUGAUUGCCAGUUUCUUUGUUGGUUGUUUUCUUUGGAAAGGGGAUUAGCAGUGUGGAGAAAAAUGAAAUCUGGCUACACUGUGUAACUUUAGUUAUUUCCUGGAGACUGGAUAGAAAGGAUGUAUCUUUAUUGACAUGGAUAGUACGGAGGGGCAAGUUUCUUCAUCAGUAGCUUUUUAGAAGGUCAUGCUUAAAUAUUUUGAAGAUAGGACCUCCUUAAGCUUGAUAAUAGGAUGAGGCUGUAGCCCAUUUCUUGUUUCUCUUCUCACGAGUGGUAGUUUCUUUCUUCUCGGAUUUCCUGCUUCAGAUUUGGUGUGGUUGUCAGAGGACAAAGUUUCUGGAUGCUUGUUCACUUCAGAUCAUGUGUGUGCCGUGAAGAUUUCGACAGUUGCUGCUUGCUCAUUCUCAUCAAUGAGCCUGGAUAUCAUGGACCCAUGAGCCUUUGUAUCGAGAUUGCAAGUAUUCAUGCCCUCUUUUGCCGUCGCGUUCUGGCUUAAGGAGGUUGAAUAGUCAUCGGUUGAGCUUUUGUGACACAAGAUCGAUGCAUGUGAUCCGUCUCUAUUGCUUAACCCCUGGAUGUCAUAAAUGUGUUGGCCUUCAAGUGUACCAAUCAAGCAAUCAGUGUGGAGGCUUGUGGAGUUACUUGUAUUGAAUAUAUCAUCAGAAAAGAGUCUGUUUUAUUUGAAUAUAUCAUCAGAAAAGAGUGUAGAGCAGUCUCUAUUGUAUUAAAUUUCGACAUAUGAUCUGAUCUUUGUGGAUGGGCAUGGAACUGAUUCUCUCUCUUUCUUGGCACGUCUUACAUUGAUUCUAAUCUUCCUCAUCUUGCACCUGUUGUUUCA